AUGAGUGAAAAUAGCGGAAUUUUUUAUUUAACAAAAGGUCCAACACGUGCGUCUAGGCCAUCAACAGCAACAUCAAGGAACCGACCAAAAACAGCUCCAAAAUCUACAAAAAUUUUUGAUUUACAAACUUUAAAAGCGAAAAUUGAAGAAUUAGAAAAGAAAAACGCUCGGAUUUCAAAUAAAAUUACACAUUUACAAGGUGCUAUGGUAUCUCAACAGCAAAGAACUUUACUUUAUAAUGAUUUCGAAAUGGAUUUAGAAGAUGAUCUAAAAUCUUUAGAAAAAAGAUUCACGAAAUUGAAUGAAAUAACAAAAGAAAUCAAUGCUUUUGCUGAUCCAACAAAAAAUACAUAUGAUUACAUUCCUCCAAGAAUUGAAGAAGAAAAUUAUCCUGAAAGAACAAAACAACGUCGCGAAAAUGAAAUUCUAGCACAACAAGCUCUAUACAAUGAAAGAAAAAUAAUGCUUUUAGAGAUGAAGUUGAAAUUAAAUCACGAUCGAAGAGAUUUAGCAUUAUUACGCUCAAACUUAAACCUCUUUGAAGGAGGUGGUAAUUCCAUAACCAGUGAUAGAGAAAUUGAAGAAAAUCUUAAAAUCCAAAUUGAGAACAUUAAAAUGCAUCAAAAUCACGAAAAAAGAAGAAUUGAGCAUGAAAAGAGCCCAAUAAUCUCUUUACAUGAUGCAGCAACGACAAUUCAGUCUCUUUGGAGAGGAUAUCGUUAUAGAAUGCAAAAUAAAGAGCAAAUAGAAAAAGAACAUGAAGAACUUUCUCAUAGAAACUUAUCGGAGCGAUCCUAA